AUGCCAGGACCGAGUUUCAAGUACGGACAGCAUCGCGCGUCAUUGCGUGGCGCUGACAAGGUGCCAAUCAGCGAUGCAGCAUGGCGAAAAUCCUCAGCACGCAUCGUAAAAGCUGCGGACGUGAGUGGAACAAAAUAUUCGCUAGAUGCACUUACGGACGAGGGCGUUCCCUGCCUUUUCUACGAUCAGGCGCUGCGAAAAUUCGACAUGCGCACACUCAAGGUUGAUCCAAAGCUGCAUUUCAUCCACGUGCUUGAGAAACAAAGUGCCCAUGUUGAUCUAGCGAAAGUGGUAAGACAUUUAUCGUUGAGAAAGUGGAAAUUGAUUUACAUCGUAUUCUCAGAAUAGGCGCCUUGUAAUUCUAAGGCCAAUGAGAUUGGUACUAGGGACGGUCAUGUGUCGGAGAUCGAAGUAUGACAACUUCUUCCAUAGUCUAUUUCGGAACAACUACAGGAAGCAGAUGUCUUGUUUUCAAUCAAAAAGUAAGAGCAAACACCCGGUCACCUUUUUACAGGCACCAUGGAAGAGCGAGGGAAUGGAGCCACCGCUGAUGAUCCGCCUUGUGGCGAUAAAAGCAGUUCACAGUGGAGCUGAGGGCCUGCGAAGAUUUAAGUACGACAAAUCGCUAGGAAAUCACCGGAUGGUGUAUGUAAUCGUCCAGAUGGUCCUCGUGAUUGAAAUUUUGACUACAACUGUGUGUGACAAUUGCCAGUGCCACGACCUUGAAGGAAGCUAAUUCCUCUAUCCUUUCUUCUAAAAGAAGUCAGGAAGCUGGGUUGGACCACGACCUGCUUGACGAAGACACGGCAGUGGUGAUCGAGUAUGACCCACAAGGUUUUCUGGAUGAGCAGAUGGGUGCCCCACCACUAUCUCCGACAACGGCUCGAAGUUUUAAGGCUCCACCUAAUCCAUCUCGGUACGCGGAUUCCUCAAUAACAUAUAUUUGUCAGGCGCAUGUUGUACAGGGAUGGACUAAUAUGGCUUAGCCGGAAGAACUCGUCUGGGAAAUCUUAGGCAGCUCGCCGAAUAGAUUCAAAUAAUCGAUAUGGCUUAGCUCUAAUGGUUCAAAGGGGAGGAAAGUACUUGAGCAGGUGGGCACUAAGGUGGUCUCGUUUUUUGGAGGCGCUCCAAAGAAACUAGGGGCGGCGGAAGAAGAGGAUGGAACAGGAGGUACUUUAAGGGCACACAGAAGAUGAUGUGAUAGAGUGAAACCGUUCUCGCGGUGUUUAAUGCAGGAGGAACACUAGUUGAUGCACCUUUCCGAACCACUUGCUGUACAGAUUUUUGAGUGAAAGUGCAGGAUGGAGGACUAACCCACAAGUCCCGCGCCAUAAACAUUUCUAUUUCAUCAUCUAUUAGGUGUACAGUUCGCCUACCUCUUAAAGGGUCCAAAGACGGACAUCGGGUCUGUGCUUCAGACCGCAUUGAAUGCCAUCGAUUUCAAGACGCAAGCUGCGGAUGGCGCGAAAUUAGUGCAGGGGCUUUUGCGUGUGAAGCGGUUACGCAGAGUCGUUCUUGCAAUGACAAAAACAAAACGUGUGGAGAAGAUAUCGAUAGUACUACUUCGAUGCCUCCGCUUCUGUAAGAAGAGUCGGCAUCUACUUAGAUGAAUACAAUAUAAGUCGUAGAUGAAGCUCCUCUUCGUGUUGUGGCGGAGACCUGAUGAAGAGAGGGCGUUUCUCUGGAAUGUGUGAAUUGAAAACCACAGGUUGGAGGCACGGAGCAGAUGCUUGCGAACGUGUAUGAGGAUGAAAUGAGGGAGGACAUAGUAGAGCUAGCUUUCAAAGGCGGAACGCAUUAAGGCAUCCAAGAGAGCACUCUCAGCAUCAUCCUUGGGUCUUUCCCAAAGCAGAAAAGUAACCAAGGAGGGCGUCAGGGAUGCGAACGUGAUAGCUUUAAACAUUUAUUCCGCCAUAUGCGUUUCCCGUCUCGCCUUCAGAAUGGUCGGACGGAUCGACCGACACAAUAGCAGAUAAAGUCGCGCAGGACACUCGAAUUACGCGCAUGUGCAGACACAAUCUCGCUCGCUUUCUGCAUGAGUAAUUUUGGAUCUAGAGCCUUUGCUAUCCUACAGGCCUUUUUUUCAGAGUGUUUUAUCGUGGUUGAGAUCUUCGCUCAGUUCUUUCCGUGGUUAAUGAGACGGCGUCGAGCUAUUGACUUUUUCCUUCGUGUUCACCGUCGGAGUAAUCAAUGGUCGCUCUUUUGCAGCAAUCCAAUGGCAAUCCUUCACACUCUGGAAUACGGUCACAGAUUGCGUUUGUGCAUACUCGUAGGUGUCAGCUGUUUUAUCUGGCGAUUCGAAAAUUUGACCCUGUGGCGCUCAAGUUCUUGUUGAGCAAGGACGCGGCAAAAUUGGAGAUGCGCGUUCCGUCUCGCGUACUAGACGCCAUGGCGAUGGAUGUGCAGCAAUUACGACAGUCCUUCCAUGGGUCAUUCGCUGAUAGACGUGUAGCAGCCUCCUUGACACGCUGCACGGCCUUAGCCUGUCAAAUUAGGGCUCUUACUGUUGUAAUUUGACCUCUCUAAAUUAGAUCUAGUUCCAGGCACAUAAGUAUCUGUGACAGUGACUUUCCAAGUUUUCAACUGUAGGGAAAUCGUAGAUUAUCUGCAGUUGAGAGAUGUAUGUAUGAGAUAGAUAGAUGGCUCAAUUGGAUGGGGCCCCUAAUUAAGAGCUGGUCGAUUUGGAGCGUCUCUACGAUGAAACUCUGGCUACGGCAGCCGACAAAAGAGAGGUGCCCUUGGCGACAGAAAUCGAUCUGCCGCAGGGCACAGUAGUGGAGGAGACGCCUGCAGGAAAAGAGCCUUCUGAGGGAGCCCUUCCAGGAGUUGGUGAAGAUGGUAAUCCUGUGUCAACUUCUUCGCCGAACAUGAACAUGGCAGACGCUGAGGGAGGACCUGUAUGGAAGGGAAUUUUAGUUUCAAUUUUCUUUUUGCUUUCGAAGUUUGUUUCCUUCCUUGGAAGAUAGUUUCCAAAUUAUUCCCAGUCAAGAGUAGUCAAUACUCGUACAUCAUUCAAGGGGAACAUGAACUUAUAACUAUUAUGUAGUACGAGGACAAUCGUCUCGAAGUAAGUAGUUUUCAUUUUCCAUACCGUGGAUGUUGAUCCCCGAAACUGAUUAGGAACGUGACUGUAAAUACGAUUUUCAACAUGAACAAAACGGUAUCAAUCAUUUUUCCCCUGUAACCCUAUCCCACUUCCAUCCAUGACUUCCGGUGACCAUAGAGAACGAGGCUUCGUCUCCCAGUUUCGUUACCGCAACAGCCGCGCAAGAUGGUGUCACAGAAGGGCGUACUGUUGAGCAAGACUUUUCACGCGAGGAUACUGCUCUUACAGUCGCGCCUCCAGGAGUGGCGGACGCCAGCACUAGGACAAACAACAAUAAUAAGUCGAAAGAUGCUGAAAGUCUUCAAAGUGGAAGAAUACAACAACAAUCACCGGAUGCUGUAGCUGAUCCGCCAUUGUCUAUGCCAUUAUCGAUGCCGACGUCAAAGCCUGCAGACGGCAUAAAACGGUCAGAGGGCAGCGGGAGAGACGGUAAUUUGCGUUUUUCUAGAUUAAGAAUUCGUCCUGUUCUAUGAUCUUGAGUAAGCUGAUGUUGUGCUCGCAAGAAUUUGAGAAACAAAGGUUUUAUAUUCGUAAUAGACCGGGUCAUAAACUGGUGAUAUUACUAUCAACUUCUGAAGGUGGAUGAACAAAAAAGAAAAGCAUUUUCCAAUUUUCAAUCGAAAAAGAACUUGCGACAGGUUCCCAUACUGCGACAAUAGAAGACGGUGAGGAGGGAGAUGCGCCAGACUUAGCGGCUGUGCGACGCGAGCAGCGCGAACGUUCGAUGCUGCAGCCCGAAAAAGAUGGUCUGCCCUGCUGUGCUUGUCGAGAGGGCGCUGAUGACAUUGAAUGUUGCGUCAUGUAAAGAAAGUGCACACUACCAGACAAACUCUGAUCGUUUAAUUGCACUUAUGGGUUACCUGUACUUCACAGAUUAAUGUAAUCAUGAUUUUUUUUUUCGCUCAAUUACUAUCUGCAUGAUAGAUGGACGCAACUUGUUGUUUCCAUCUCAAUGUUUCCAUUUGCUUAACGGCUUCAGGCAAUCGUGAAUGAUUUCUUCUGUAAGAAUUUGGCUUCGGCAAAUCCAAUGAUUCCUUUGUGAAAAGGACGCAUCCGUGCAUAGCGAUACGCUUUGACAAGAUAGGGACUCGUACCAAAUGACAGGAGGAGGUUAUUCUGCUCUUUACAGAAGGUACAGGAUAAUUGACAGGCCUCAACGGCGUCAGGAAGACGCAUAUUAUAAGAGGUUACAUGACAUGACAUGACAAGAAGCUCGACCCACAAGCGGUUUUUCCCUUCAAUUUAGUUUCCGGUGAUCCAGCUUUAUCCUCAUAGCUGGUGAACCUGCUACGUGUCAGCUAU